AUGCCCAAUCAGAAUGAAGGAUUCCUUUAUGUACAAAAUUUUAAAUCGGCUAUUGAAUGUGUCCCACGUGAUUGUGUUGAUUUAAGAAUUAUUAUACGAUCAGAUAAAAAACCUGUUGAUCAACAUACGCGAAGAUAUAAUGCACCCACUUCAAAUGAAGUUGCCAUAUUAAUGGUUGGGCAAGAAUUUAAUAAAAGAGACAUCGUUCUUAAUCUUCGUAACAAUACUCUUCAACGUAUGAAUGAAAUACACCAUUCUUAUGAUUGUUUACAAUAUCCUUUAAUUUUUUGUUACGGAGAUGACGGAUAUUCAAUAGAUAUUCCACAAGUCAAUCCUGUUUCUAGACAGCCAAUUCAAAAUAAAACUGUAUCAGCUAUGUCAUUUUACGCUUUUAGAAUUAUGGUUCGGCAUAAUAACCACAAUCAUUUGCAUUAUUUUAGAUCAGUAUUUAGUCAAUUUUUAGUCGACAUGUAUGCGGAAAUUGAAUCAGAGCGCUUAGCGUUUAUACGAAAUAAUCAAUCCAAAUUACACGCUGAAAAUUAUAUUCAUUUGCAAGAUGCUCUAAGGAAUGACGAAAAUAUAAAUGAAAUUGGAAAAUUGGUAGUACUACCGUCUUCAUUUACGGCAGGCUAUCGUUAUAUGCAUGAACGAACUCAAGAUGGUAUGGUUUAUAUUAGAACAUUUGGAAAACCAGAUUUGUUUAUAACUUUUACUUGCAAUCCAAAAUGGAAUGAAAUUGCAUGUGAACUUUUACCAGGACAAAAAUCUCAAGAUCGCCAUGAUAUAAUAGCAAAAGUAUUUAGGUUAAAGGUAAAAAAAUUAAUUGAUUUAAUUACAAAAAAAUAUAUAUUCGGAGAAACAUUAGCUCAUAUGUAUACUGUUGAGUGGCAAAAACGUGGUCUUCCACAUAUACAUAUUUUGGUAUGGCUGAAGGAUAAAAUAAAACCAGAACAGAUUGAUACAGUAAUUAGUGCAGAGUUUCCAAAUCCAAAUGAAUAUCCAAUUUUAUUUGAAAUUGUAAAAAGUAACAUGAUACACGGUCCAUGUGGUCAAGUAAAUCUGCAAUCCCCAUGCAUGACUGAUGGAAAAUGUACUAAAAAAUAUCCAAAACAAUUGAUUUGUAAAACUCAAACUGGUGAUGAUAAUUAUCCAAAAUAUAGACGAAGGAGUCCAUCUGAUGGUGGCUUCACUGCAAAAAUAGUAAAACGGAAUCGUGAAUUUGAAGUCGAUAAUCGAUGGGUAGUGCCGUACAAUCCCUUACUAUCACGAUUAUGUAAAGCUCAUGUUAAUGUUGAGUACUGUAACUCUGCAAAGUCUGUUAAGUAUAUAUGCAAGUACAUGAAUAAAGGAACUGACCAAGCAACUUAUUCAGUUAGUAAUGAAAAUGAUGAAAUCCAAGUUUUUCAAUCGGGUCGAAUAUAUAAGUCUCUCUCAGAAGCUGCUUGGAGAAUAUUAGAUUUUCCUAAUACAUGA